UGUUGUGUUUUUUGACUGCGUGUAGGGUGAUGGAGGAUUUGGGAUUAUUGGAAUAGGCUGGUGUUUUGCACUAGUUUUGGCAAAUUCUGAUUAGAUCAAUUUUAUUUACUACGUCACGAGGAUGCUACGCGAGGGGAAAGAAGCGUGUCCAUUCGUGGAGGACAGUUUCAGCCGCUUUCUGUCCCAGAGUAACAUGUACGGACUCUGUCAGGCUGGAGAGCAACAGCUACUCGCCGCUACUCUGAAAGGCAAAGUGGUCUGUUUCAGGUACCAAGACCUCCAACAGAAAAUCAGACCUGUGGCUAAAGAGGUACAGUUCACUUACAUACCAGUUGAUGCAGAGAUUGUAUCAAUUGACGCUUUCAACAAAUCCUCACCGAACAGGGGCCUGGUCGUGGGAAUAACGUUCAUUAAGGACUCUGGUGACAAAGCCACUCCGUUCCUCAACAUCUACUGUGACUACGAGCCAGGGUCAGAAUUCAACCUGGAGUCCAUUGCACAGAGCUGUCUGAACCUGGAGCUGCAGUUCACCCCCUUCCAGCUUUACCACACAGAAGUGCAGUGCGAAGAUGGAUGCAGUGAGACAGUGUUUCUGCUCAGUGGUCAUGACCAGAGGAUUCAUCUUUACAAGGAGAACGCCUCCCUUCACCAAUUUGAAGAGCAGCCAGUCGAGAGACUCUUCCCUGAGCUACAAGAGCUGCCCAGCAAUGUGUUGUGGCUUGAUGUGCUGAGUAUCCCCAGCGGUCAUCGUCUCUCGGCCUUUGGCUGUCAGAAUGGCUGCGUGGGGCUGGCUCUGGUGGACCAAACUGGACCUAAGAUUGUGCAGAGUUGGCGGGUGCAGCAGGACAGUCCCAUCUCCACCGUGCUGCUCUUCCCUCUGCAUUCCCGAGCGGAGUCGGCGGACCCCGAAAGGGCAGGAGAGGAGGGAGGGGACGACAUUGAGGUCGUUGGUUACAACCUCCUGGUGACCAGCAGUAUAGAGAUGGCUGUCGUGUACAGGGAUGUCCAGGGGUACGGUGUGAGUCGCCCUGCAUGCCUCUCGGAGAGUGACCAGUGUGACGCAGUGCUCUGUGCGCUGGUCACAGACCUGGACUUUGAUGGACAGAAGGAGCUGUUACUGGGAACCUAUGGACAGGAGCUGCUUUGCUACAAGUUCCAGCAACCAAUGAGAGGGACAGAGGAACAGUUCCAACUGCUGUGGAGGCGGAGCUUCAAGAGCCCCUUGCUGUCCAUAAUUUACUUGGACUUGACUGGAGAUGGGCUGAGAGAGCUGGCGAUUCUAACACUCAAGGGGCUGCACAUACUACAGCACAGUCUGACCAGCACUGCUGACUUGGUCCUUCAGCGACUGGCGGACAGGUUGUCAAAGCUGACCACUGGCUCGGAAGUUCAGCCAAUCCCAGAACGGGAAACUGAAGAGGGACGCUGUGACCAAUGAGGAGCGGAGUGCCCGAUCAAACUGAGAACCACCUGUUUUUUUGUUACCUGUGCCAAUAAUUACAGUUUUACCAUGAAGCAUCUACACUUUUUAAAAAAAUGGUAUUUGAUCAUGAUGUUGUAUGUUGCCUAACAUGUAAUAUUGUCCAUAUACAGUAUGUACACAAUAAAUGGUUAACCAAA